GCCGCACGUAGCGCGCCCCGCUCGGGGCAGGCCGGCUGGGCCUCGCCUCUUCCUGGCGCCGGCGAGCGGCUUCCCGGGCGGCCUGGGUGAGUCGUCGGCCGCCACCGGGCCUCCCGCGCCCGCCCAUGGAUUUCACCUAGGCCCCAUGGAGGCCCCCGAGACGCCCCCGGACGUGGCCUCGGCCUCCAGCGCCUCGCUCUUCCGCCUCCGCCACCUCCGCCUCGGGCUGGACCUGCGGCCUGAGGCCCGCGCCCUUGCCGGCUGCCUGGUGCUGGAGCUGUGCGCCCGGCCGGCGCCCGGCGGCGCCCAGCAAGAGGCGGCCGAGGAAGACCGUCGCCCCCGCCGACCUCGCGUCCUGGUCUUGGACACGCACCCGGCCAUGCGGGUGGCCUCGGUGGCUUUCCGGGCCUGCCCGGACGGCGAGGGACGCUGCGGCUUCGUCUUCUCCAGCGCCGGCGGGAGCGGCGCGGAAGGCGAGCCGGGUCGGGGAGCCCUUCCGCCGCCGCCCCCCGCCCGCCCGUCCUCGGCCCCCGCGGGCCACCCGCACCCGCACUGCCCGCUCAGCACCCCCAGCGCACUUUCGGCCUUCGGGCAGGCGCUGCCCGAAGUAGACCGGCCGGGCCUGGGCGCCUCCCCGGAGCCCCUGCGCGACGCCCCCCCAGCCGAGGUCCCCCCGCCGUGGGGCGAGCCUCCUCCGGCCGGGCCUUGGGCCUGCACCCCGCUGGAGAGCGCCGAGACUGCUGCGCCGCCCUUGCCCGCCUUCCCCCUCUCGGCGCCCGCCGCCCGCGCCCCCUACCCGCUCUUCUUCCGCGUGGACCCCUUCACCGACUACGGCUCGGCGCUCAGCAUCUCCUUGCCGGCCUCGCUGGAGCCGCAGCGACCCUUCCAGAUCAUCGUCCGCUACACCACCGUGGAUGCCCCCGCGAUCUGGUGGCUGGAUCCUGAGCUCACCUACGGCAACUCCAAGCCAUUUGUUUUCACCCAAGGCCAUUCGGUGUGCAACCGCUCCUUCUUCCCUUGCUUUGACACGCCGGCUGUGAAAUGCACUUACUCCGCAGUUGUCAAGGCCCCUGCAGGUAUGCAAGUGUUAAUGAGUGCCACCCAAAGUACCUAUGAGGAAGAAGAUGGCAUAUACCAGUUCUACAUGGAGUACCCCAUUCCUGCUUACCUGGUGGCUCUGGUGGCCGGGGAUCUUGUUGCUGCGGAGGUUGGUCCUAGGAGCAAAGUCUGGGCCGAGCCAUGCCUUUUGUCCACAGCCAUCGGCAAACUCUCAGGUCGGGUGGAGCAUUGGCUCAGCGCUGCAGAGACCCUCUACGGGCCCUACAUAUGGGGCAGGUACGACAUCGUUUUCCUCCCUCCCUCAUUCCCCAUCGUUGCCAUGGAGAACCCAUGUUUGACCUUCGUCAUCUCCUCCAUCUUGGAGAGCGAUGAGUUCCUCAUCAUCGACAUCAUCCACGAGGUAGCCCACAGCUGGUUUGGCAACGCCGUCACCAAUGCCACCUGGGAAGAGAUGUGGUUGAGCGAAGGGCUGGCCACUUACGCUCAGCGCCGAAUCACGACGGAGACUUACGGUGCUGCUUUUACGUGCCUGGAAACAGCUUUCCGCCUCGAUGCCCUUCACCGACAGAUGAAGCUCCUUGGGGAGGACAAUCCUGUCAGCAAACUUCAGGUUAAACUUGAACCAGGUGUGAAUCCCAGCAACCUGAUGAACCUCUUCACCUACGAGAAAGGGUUCUGCUUUGUUUACUAUCUGUCUCAGCUGUGCGGAGACCCAACACAUUUUGAUGCCUUUCUCCGAACUUAUAUCGAGAAGUACAAGUUCACAAGUGUUGUAGCCCAAGAUCUGUUGGAUUCCUUCUUGGCAUUUUUUCCAGACCUGAAAGAACAAUGCAUCGAUUGCAAAACAGGGCUAGAAUUUGACCGCUGGCUCAAUGCCACAGGGCCUCCUUUAGUUGAACCAGACUUAUCUCAGGGAUCCAUCUUGACCCAGCCGGUGGAGACGCUAUUCCAUCUCUGGACCACAGAACCUCUGGACGCAGGAGCGGCUGCGAACAGCGUCAACAUCGCUGAGUGGCAAACAUUCCAAACGGUGCUUUUCCUGGAUAGGUUACUGGAUGGGUCGCCCUUGCCACACGAGGUGGUAACGAAGUUGUCCGAAUGCUACUCGGCCCAGCUGGAAAACAUGAAUGCCGAGAUUCGUAUCCGCUGGCUGCAGAUCAUUGUCCGCAACGAUUACUAUCCUGACAUUCACAAAGUCCGUCGCUUCUUGGAAAACCAGGUACCAGUUGCUGGGUUGAAAAGCUUGGCGCUGCUCAGGGUGUGAGAUUUAGGGCGGGAAACCAGUUGAUGCACAAAGACAUAGGAAGCUCUGAUGCUUGGAUGUAGGAAUAGAUGUUUGUCAGGGAAUUGCGAAGACGGGGUCCAAAUGGAGUUAGAG